GGAAAUGGUGAAGAACCCAUCUCCCCAAGGCCUAGAAACCGUGUCAUACUGGGAGGUUUUGAAGAAGAUCAAUCGUCUCAGAACUCAAGAACACUCUUUGGGCAUUCUUGGUUUUUUCGUUGCUACUGUCUUUUGCUUUCUUUGCUGCUGCUUCUACUUGGAUUACAGGGUUGUUAGUAGUGGGUUUCGGCAUCACGGACAGUUAAAGAAACUUUUGUCGUUGGGAUUUGACAGCUGGAGUAGUGGUGAAAGAGUGGGAUUCCUCGAAGUAGGCGGUGGACGGUGUGAUUUGUUCAAUGGAGAGUGGGUUUGGGAUGAACACUAUCCUCUUUACCAGUCCAAAGAUUGCAGGUUUCUCGAUGAUGGAUUUCGGUGUUCUGAAAAUGGUAGGCCUGAUUCUUUCUACUCUAAGUGGCGAUGGCAACCCAAAGAAUGCAACUUGCCCAGAUUUGAUGCAAAGGAGAUGCUGGAGAAGCUUCGGAACCGACGGCUGGUAUUUGUUGGUGAUUCAAUUGGUAGAAAUCAAUGGGAGUCUCUGCUCUGUCUGCUCUCAUCAGCAAUUCCUAAUGAGGAUUCAAUCUAUGAAGUGAAUGGCUCUCCAAUCACAAAGCACAAUGGGUUCUUGGUAUUUAAGUUCAGGGACUUCAACUGCACUGUGGAGUAUUACAAAUCUCCAUUUCUUGUGCCGCUGAGCCGCCCACCUGCUGGAGUUCCAGGGAAGGUAAAGACAACCCUAAAAUUAGAUCAAAUGGAUUGGAGCUCUGUACGCUGGAAAGAUGCAGACGUGCUCGUCUUCAAUACCGGUCACUGGUGGAACUUUGAGAAGACCAUUAGAGGGGGUUGUUAUUUCCAAGACGGGAAGGAGGUAAAGUUUGAUAUGAGCGUAGAAAGUGCAUAUCAGAGGUCAAUUAUGACCUUGGUCGACUGGAUUGGUAGGGAAGUGAAUAUGAGCAAGACACAGAUCUUUUUCCGCACCUUUUCCCCUUUGCAUUUCAGAGGUGGGGAUUGGAGGAAUGGGGGGACCUGUCAUUUGGAGACACUACCUGAACUGGGCCCAUCACUGGUGACAUCCCAAUCUUGGCCCCAAUUCAGCAUAGUUGGUGACAUACUACAGGCACACUCAAACAAGCCACAAGUGAUGGGUUUAGAUGUGUUGAAUGUAACCCAUAUGACAUCACGGAGGAAAGAUGCUCAUGCAUCCUUGUACUAUCAGGGGCCAAAGGCUGGGCCUGCCCCCAUCCACAGGCAGGAUUGCAGUCAUUGGUGCCUCCCUGGGGUCCCUGAUGUAUGGAAUGAGCUCCUAUAUGCACUUUUCCUUAAGCGGGAGGUUGCUCGCACUCAGAACUCUACGGUAUCUCCUCAAGCACCAGUGUGAUAUAUGAAGCUCCAUGAUCGUCCACUGGGUUGGAGGACUGAUAUAGAUCAUAUUUAUUGCUAAUUAGGGUUAAUUUUCUUGGAUAAUGGUUAAGAGAGAGGACAUCGUUGUGAUAUGUUCAGAUGAGGUCUUGACAAA